AUGUCGCGUCCCCAGUCCCGCCCCGCCACCACCGCGUCCCCCGCCCCGAAGCCCGUCCCCGGCCAGCCGCCGUACCAGGUCAAUACCCAGACAAAAGUCAUCGACACCACCCACGGACGCCUGCUCUGCAUUGCCGACAUACGCGGCAAGCUUUCCUCCCUCAAUGACCUCGCACGCGAGGCGAACGCGAAGGCCAUCAUACACACAGGAGAUUUUGGCUUCUUUGAGGCCAACAGUCUCGACCGCAUCAACGACCGCACCCUCCGCCACCUCACGCAAUAUUCGCCGCUCAUCCCCAACGCGCAACGCACGCACCUCCUCGCCCCGGACAACCCGCCAUCCGCCAUCCGACAGACGGUCACCAUCUCCCUCCUCUCCGAAUUCCCCCUCCUCCUCUCCGGCCAGAUCAAGCUCCACGUGCCCGUCUUCACCCUCUGGGGCGCGUGCGAGGACGUGCAGGUCCUCGAGAAGUUCCGCUCCGGGGCGUACGCGGUCGAGAACCUGCACGUCGUCGACGAGGCGACGACGCGCUGCCUCGACGUCGGCGGCGUCAAGCUGCGCCUGCUCGGGCUCGGCGGCGCGCUCGUGCCGCACAAGAUGUUCGACAACGGGGACGGGUCCGCGACGAUCGCGGGCGGCCAGGGCACGAUGUGGACGACGGCGCUGCAGAUCGGCGAGCUCGUGGACACGGCGCAGCGCGUGUUCGACCCGACCGAGACCCGGCUGCUGCUCACGCACGCCUCGCCCGGGCGCGAGGGCCUCGUCGCGCAGCUCGCGCUCGUCGUCAAGGCCGACCUCACCAUCUCCGCCGGCCUCCACUUCCGCUACGCGAGCUCGUACAACGAGUUCAGCGUCCAGCCCGACUUUGAGGGCUUCCGCCGCAAACUGCUCGUCGGCAAGGACAGCUACGAGCGCGUGUGGGAGAGCGUCAAGGGCCAGGUCGACGCCGUCAUCGACGAGCACCAGCGCGUCCUCCUCGACAAGUUCCUCUCCGUCGUCGAGCGCGUCCCCGCCGCGCAGGGCGGGGCCGGCGCCCCCGUCGGGCCCGGCGCCGGCAUGACGGGCGAAGAACCCGCGUGGAAGAACACGUGGAACUGGAACCUGUGCGACGCCGCCUACGGCUCGCUCGUCCUCGACAUCAAGGAGGGCCGGGUCAGCGCCGAGCUCAAGAGCCAAGGGUUCAAUUACGCGUACAGGCGCACCGCUACCGUACAAGCCACCCCGGCCUCCGCAACAGCGCCGCUGCCGCCCGCUGCACCCGCAGACAACAAGACGACCAACCCCGACCGGGCGACCGCCCCGAGCACCGCGCAAGCGUCCGCCGCCGCCUCGGGCCGCGCGACGCCCGCGCCCGCGAACGGGACCGCGACGCCGCCGGCUGACAAGGCCGAGCGCGAGCGGCUGAAGAAGCAGCAGAAGAAGGAGCGCAAGCAGGCCGAGCGCGAGGCGGCGCGCGAGCAGGAGAAAGCGGAGAAGGAGAAGGAGGGCGGGGCGAAGGAGGGCGAGAAGGAGAAGGAGAAGGAGAAGAAGGACGAGCAGCCAUCGACUUCCGGCGCGGAGCCGGCGUCGCCCGCGACGGAGAGCGCGGGCGCGCGGACGCCCGUGAACCGCAAGCCGCCGCGCCACCCGUGGACGCUGUUCGUGCGCCUGCAGGAGCCGGCGGAGGAGCCCGAGCUCCGCACGUUCUUCGCCGCGUCGGCCGCGGGCAUCACCCGCGUCACGUACCCGCAGACGUACGCCGGCCGGGCGCGGAAGAUCGCGUACGUCGAGUUCGGGGACGAGGAGGCGAUGAAGGCCGGGCUCGAGGGCCAUGCCGAGAAAUAUAAGGAGACGGUGCCGGAGGUGAAGAUCGCGCAGGAUCGGGAGCAGCGUGAAGGACAGGAAGGUUACAGGGGGCGCGGACGCGGACGAGGCCGUGGUGGGUUCGCGGCGCGCGGGUUCGCCGCUGCCGGCCUCACGCGGGGCGGCGGCCCGCCCAAACCCAACGGCGGCGGCGCGGGCGGCGAUGGCGCUUGAAAAAAAAGGACGAGGGAGUGUCGAUAGUUGGGAGGGAGGAAGAAGGGUUUUCGUUGUUUCUGCUCGUUGAUACGAAGUUGUCUGCCUAUCGUGGUAUGCUCUUUAAUCCUCAUCUUUUGUGCGGUUUUGAGAUGUUUGUAUGUUGUUUGUUGUCCUUCGUCUGUAUAUGUCAC